AUGGCGUUGAUCGCAGCGAGAUCCGCGCAGUACACAGACUACCCUGCGAAGAUCCCCCUGUUCAGCGGCAAUGCAGGCAUCGUAUCCGGUUCCGUGCGGGUAGUCUUUCCGGCAGUUGCCGGCAGCUGCGACUUCAAGGCGCCAUUCGCCCUUGACAAAACCAACACGAAGAGUGUCGCGGCAUCUUUGGCGCAGGCUCGCCUGCAAGAUUCGACGGCGCCAGUAACUGUUUCGAAAGUGGCGGGGUCGUACCCCUUCCAAGGCAAGCCUGACCCCACGAGGGGUGCGUUCAAGCUGGACUGGAGCAUAGAUGACUUCUCGUUCUCCCUUGACUCUGAUGCGAUUGGUGGGGCCAUCAACUCAGCCAAGGGCGUGAAGAGCCUCCGGUACAGCAUCAAGACCGGCACGGCCAAAGUCAAAUUCAGCGUCGGACCGGUUUACUGCCCGCCUUCCGGCUACUCCGCCGACUUUGUCGCCCCCCUGGCCGGCACCGCUGUCAAGCCCAACGCCAACCCGUGCAGCCUGAAGCUGUCCAAGUCAACGCGCGAAUUCACGCUCGAUUGCAAGAGCAUGAAGACACUGACUCUCGCGACCGUCGACGUGUACUUCGCCCAGCCUGGCAGCGCCAGCGGCGCGGGCGGUGCGGGUGGCGCCGGACGGCGCUUGCUGGGCUGCAGCGGGGUCGCCGCUGGCGCACCGCUGUGGGCCGCUGGCGCAGCCCCGGCGAGCGGCGCGGCGACGCCGCAGGACGCAACCGUGACGCCGCAAGGCGACCACCUGCAGAUGUGGAUAGUUCUGAAGGGCAGCAGCGUCAAAGGCACCGCUUUGCUGGCCGAUGCGUCCAUCCUGUCCUAG